CUGAUAUUGUUAUUUUAUUAUUUGAUCAAUAUCGUAUUGAAAUGCGAAAAAUAUUGAAUAGGUUCAUAGAAUAAAGCGAAAUGUAGGUUCUCAUAAUGAAUCAAGCUGUUUUAGUCGCUCUAAUACUAUCUUUAACAGCUGUGAAUUCAUCAAUAUUUUCCAAAUUUAAGGAGAAUGAACAUUUUCUCGAUAAUGAAAAUACACAGACUAGUGCAGAAGAUAUUAAAGUUGCAAGAAGUAAAGCAAAUCUAAUUCGAUCACUUAAAACAAAAAAAUACAGUGAUGAACAUUUGCCAGCACUUCCUAAAAUUCCUAAAUAUGAAAUGCAAAAGUUAGGUAGAGAUUUAAAUUUACCCUGGGGUCGAAACGGGCGUAGGAAAGCAUAUUCUAAUGAUGAAUCAGACAGUGUUUCUAGCUCCAGUAUAGAAGGUCAAAACUGGAAGGACGAAUGGAAAGAACAUUGGCUUAUGAAAAAGUUGGAGGCGAUAAAUUCGACACUACCAAAGGGGGAUACAGUAAAUAUGGUAGCUGCAAGACCCUGGGGAGUGCCCUGCGGCGAUCCAAACCAGCACGACUCCCCGUGGGGAUCUUGCAUGCUACCACUUGAAUGUGAAGCUGAAUACAGAAUUUAUCGAGGUGAUUAUUUUUGCGGCCGAACGAAAUUUAUUUGCUGUGCGUUGCUUGUUUCUAACUACGACCUAAACGCCGGCUUCGAUGUAUCCUUUACGGCCUCAAGUUUAGCUACUAGUUCCGACGAAAAAAAGAAUAGAGACAGGGGAACUAAAGAAAGCAACCGACGUAAAAAAAGAAGAGAUCAGAAAAGACGUAGAAGGCAGAGAAUAAAACGGAAGCGUGCAAUAAAACGUACAAUAAGGAAAAUAAUAAAUGAAAUUACAAAAAUAUUGAACAGAUCAUUCAGGAAUGGCACAAGCGCCAGAAAGAAGAAAACUAAGCAAUUAAAGAAAUUUAUUAAGUACUUGAAGAAAAAACAUAAGAAGGAUCGUAAGUCGGUAAAGGAGCUUCAUGAAAUGGAGAUGAUUAAUAUCGAUGCAGCGUUGCAGAAACGGCUCGAUGAAAUAAGAGCAAUGAAUAAGGAAUAUAUCUCGAACUCAACAUUCAGAGAUAUAAUUGUAAAUGGCACGAUUAACAGGAAAGAUUUGAGAAUGUUAAUGAGGUCACAUCCUGAAUUGAACGACUUGGUCGAUGCUAGGAGAAGUGCGAAAAAAACUGAUAGAAAGGCUUUUGACGUGGAACUUGGUUUCCUCUAUUACUAAUAAAAUAUCCAUUGGAAUAUAUUUAACAAAAAUACACAAAAAUCAGUACAAAAAUAAAUUGAAUAACUAUACUAAUGUCGACUUGCCUACAUUGCUCUCAACAUAGGUGAUCUGUCCUGCAAACACCUUAUCCCUUUAUUUGAGCACAAUCUAGGACCAUUACUAGCCACUGCUUAUUAAAUAAACAUCUACCGUCACUAAACCGUUUCUCCAAUACAUGGAACAUCUCAUAAUAAGCGAGGAUUAUAGGCAAUUGUGCUGUGAAGAGUGAGGACAAUUGCGCGUACGGGUCACCUGAUGCUAAUAAUUGAUCAUCACCGUCCACAUUUUUUACCGUUGCCAGCUUUUUAGGAAGGUGCACGCACUUUUUUUGAAGGUACCCAAAUCGUAUCGUUCUGGAAAUACCACGCAAGGAAUCCCAUUUCAAUAAGGGAUCUGUUGAGUUUUUUUUAUCUCAUUUUUUCCAAUCCACCUAUAAGAAUUACGUAUUGGUAUGUAUAGAUGUCUAUUUGUAUUAAUGUGACAAAUAAGCAUUUUGAUUGUAGGUACGUUUUGAAUAAUUGAUGAUUAAUGAUUGAUUGAAGAAAUGCAAAUUUGGUUUUCAUUGAUGGUUGACAUAUCUAAAAUUUGGGUACUAACAGUGAUAUUAUAAUAUUAUAAUAGGUAGAUAUGUCACUAGCGCGCCGAAUAUUAAUCCCCUAAAUGGAGUCAAUUGGUUCCUUUGGUCGUAGGCUCUCUCUCGAUACGAAAACGGUACACACGCGUUUAUUGUUGACAGAAUUGCUUACAAUUUCAUAUAGGUACAACCUUAAAAUGUCGUCUUGUGUUAUGGGAAGAUGCACUAAUUACGAAAGUGAAAAAAAAAAUCAUAGGAUUACAUACCAUAGUUAAGAAAUCAUGAAUUAUAAUAUUUUAUUUGA